GGCGGCGGCAAGAUGGCGGCCGCCAUAAAGUGAGCGGCGGCGGUGCCGGUAUCGACACUCAGCGCCGGCCGGAGCGGGCGAAGGUGAAGCAGAGCCCUGACCAUGGGCCGUGAUCUGUGUCUCUGGCAGGGUGAAGAUGAAGUAGAGCUCUGACCAUGGACCAUGACGUCCCCACGAUCAGGCCCCGCCGCAUCCAGAACCAAAAUGUCAUCCACCGCCUGGAGCGUCGCCGGAUCAGCUCGGGCAAGGCUGGCACCCACUGGCACCAGGUCCGCGUCUUUCACCAGAACGUCUUCCCCAACUUCACCGUGGUCAACGUGGAGAAGCCGCCCUGCUUCCUGCGCAAGUUCUCCCCCGACGGCCGCUACUUCAUCGCCUUCUCCUCGGACCAGACCUCCCUGGAGAUCUACGAGUACCAAGGCUGCCAGGCGGCGGAAGACCUCCUGCAGGGCUACGAGGGAGAGAUCCUGGCCAACGGCAACGACCAAAGAUCCGUCAACAUCCGGGGGCGGCUCUUCGAGCGCUUCUUUGUGCUGCUGCACAUCACCAACGUGGCCUCCAACGGGGAGCACCUGAACCGGGAGUGCAGCCUGUUCACGGACGACUGCCGCUACGUGAUCGUGGGCUCCGCCGCCUACCUGCCCGAGGAGCCUCACCCGCCCUUCUUCGAGGUCUACCGCAACAGCGAGUCGGUGACCCCCAACCCGCGCUCCCCCUUGGAGGAUUACUCCUUGCACAUCAUCGACCUCCACACGGGCAGGCUGUGUGACACGCGGACCUUCAAGUGCGACAAGGUCAUCCUGUCGCACAACCAGGGGCUGUACCUCUACAAGAACAUCCUGGCCAUCCUCUCUGUGCAGCAGCAGACUAUCCACGUCUUCCAGGUGACGCCCGAGGGCACUUUCAUCGACGUGCGGACCAUCGGCCGCUUCUGCUACGAGGACGACCUGCUGACCCUGUCUGCCGUGUACCCCGAGGUGCAGCGUGACAGCCAGACAGGCAUGGCCAACCCCUACAAGGAGCCCUUCAUCAACUCUCUGAAGCACAGGCUGCUGGUGUACCUGUGGAGGAGGGCCGAGCAGGACGGCAGCGCCAUAGCCAAGAGGAGGUUCUUCCAGUACUUCGACCAGCUGCGGCAGCUGCGCAUGUGGAAGAUGCAGCUGCUGGAUGAGAACCAUCUCUUCAUCAAGUACACCAGCGAGGAUGUGGUCACGCUGCGGGUGACUGAUCCCUCCCAGCCCUCCUUCUUCGUGGUGUACAACAUGGUGACCACAGAGGUCAUUGCUGUGUUUGAGAAUACAUCUGACGAGCUGCUGGAGCUGUUUGAGAACUUCUGUGACCUCUUCAGGAAUGCCACCCUGCACAGUGAGGCUGUCCAGUUCCCCUGCUCGGCUUCCAGCAACAACUUUGCCAGGCAGAUUCAGCGCCGGUUCAAAGACACCAUCGUGAAUGCCAAGUAUGGAGGGCACACAGAGGCCGUGCGGAGGCUGCUGGGCCAGCUCCCAAUCAGUGCCCAGUCCUACAGUGGCAGCCCCUACCUCGACCUCUCCCUCUUCAGCUAUGAUGACAAGUGGGUGUCAGUCAUGGAGCGCCCCAAGACCUGUGGAGAUCACCCUAUAAGGUUCUACGCGCGCGACUCGGGGCUGCUGAAGUUCGAGAUCCAGGCGGGGCUGCUGGGCCGCCCCAUCAACCACACCGUGCGGCGCCUGGUGGCCUUCACCUUCCACCCCUUCGAGCCCUUCGCCAUCUCGGUGCAGCGCACCAACGCCGAGUACGUGGUCAACUUCCACAUGAGGCACAGCUGCACCUAGCCGGGGGCACAGCCGCCCCGGGCUGGCUGCUCCGCUGGCUCCGGUGCACGCCAGAGCCGGGCGCUCGGCCCCGCUGCAAACCAAAGCCCUGCCCUGCCUGGCGAGCUGCUGGCAGUCAGCCUCCCGCAGGGCCCUCGGCUGUGCAGAGCAGAGCGGGGGUCUGAGUGUCCCUCCUGACCCCGUGGUGGUCCCACUGCCUUCAUUGCUGCUCGUGGUCCCUCUCCUGUUGCUGAACCGAGCAUAGCUGAGGCUCCUUGCCUGGUUCUCCCAGAGGCCUGCUCCCUUUUUCUCUCCUGUUGUAGCUCUUAGGAUGGCAAAGAUGGAGCUUUGUGGAGUGCUCCUUGCUGUGCUGCUGCUCUCCUGCCUUGCUGAGCCACAUGCAGGCUGGCGUUCAGGGAAUGGGUGGGAGCCAUGGAGAGGGCUCAAACACAGCUUACCCCUGUUCGUGUCUUCAGUGUUGGCAGGGGGCUGAGGUCCUGUAGUCACCUCUUCUUAUCUGCACACUCUGCUCACCUGGUUUUAAUAUGCAAGAGGUCAGGGAAAAGAGAUGUGAGGAAUCACUGCAGUGGAGAGACCUGAGCUGUGCUCCUGACUCUAUGCAAGUCACUUCAUCUGUGUGCCUUAGCAUCCCCGGUGGAAGGUGGUGCCUUAGCACCAGCAUGCCAGGGCAGCUGCUCCUGUCUCCAGUGCGCCAGGAGGAGGGCACAGAAGGAAUAUGGGUGGCUGGGAAGGGCAUGUGUGCAGCACCUGCUCCUCCUGGCUGAUGUUGGAAGGACUUUUCUGCAGCCUAGGGGUGAAUCCUCAUGGCUAUCUACAAGUCCUGCUGCCGAGAGAGGAGGGGUGGGGAAGCCCAGCUGCAGGCAUCCUCCUUCGUGCUGGAAGCGUGAGUGGAGAACUAUCAGCGUUCAGCUUUGCCCAGAAGGGAGGGAGGAGACCUGAAUUCAGGUGGAUUGCUGCAGCUUGG